UAUUAUAAACACUGCAUGAUCAGAUGAUCACAUGAAUUUUAGCAGAUGUCACUUCUACGAGUGAUUUCUCGACCAUUUUUCACAUUUUCGUCGCAGAAGGUGAAUAACUAAAUCUUAUGGGAGCUACAGAAUCUCUGCUCCCUGCAAGCAUGCCAUUGUACGAGCCAGACGUGAAAACAAAAAAGGCAACAUUUGCCCUUAGCUGAUUUUGGUUCCCGGAGGCACAGUUCGGCUGUGCCCCCGGGGUCAUCCAUACAAGGGUGGGUUAUACAGGCGGAACUAAAAAGUUCCCCACCUACCAUAGUCUGGGUGACCAUACAGAAACUGUGGAUAUCGACUACGACCCAGCUCAAACAUCUUACGAGAAGUUACUGACUAUGUUCUGGAAGAAUCACGACACAACAUCGUGUAAAUCUCGGCAGUACAUGUCCGCCAUUUUCUUCCAUGACGAUGAGCAGAAGGAUCUUGCAGAGCAGAGUAUGGUUGAUCAACAGAGGUCGAAGUCGAAGACGAUUCAGACGAAGAUUUUACCAGCGGAAACAUUUUACGACGCUGAAAACUAUCAUCAGAAGUACCUCCUCCGGCAGCAUCCAUCUCUGUUCAACAGUCUCCGUUUGGGUGAUGAGGACUUGAUCAAGUCACACAUCGCUGCCAGGCUCAAUGGUUACAUUGGUGGCUAUGGACAAAUGCACCAAUUUGCGAGGGAGAGCAAGAAGAUGGGAUUGAGUGAGGAACAGACAGAAUAUGUUGUGGAUAAUGUGUGAGCAAAAAUAUCUAAGCUAUAAGAUACGUAUCAUGGACUAAUACUAAGUAUAGAUUAUUUAAUCCAUACUUGCUAAUACUGACUGUCAAGAUGGAAUACCCAAUAGACAAUUGUUUUUAAUUACUGUUUAGAAGACAGAUUUAAUGCUUUAGGCCUACUGUUUUACAUUAGUGUAGGACAGGACGUCACGAUCUUAAUAAAAUGCUGUUAUUAGUCUCCACAAAAGCCUCGAUGUUGUAAAUAUCUUGCGACAACAGGGCAAUUCGUUUGGCUUAGAAAACCAGAUCGGUGCAAGUUCUCCUCUUAUGACUUUUCACGGUUAACUCAGUAUUGCUGAAACUGUGAGGAUGAUGUUACUUCAUGCAUGGAGGACUGUGCGUCUUUCUGGUGUUGGUGACCCAAGCGAAAACCUCUGUUGUGCUGAAAAUAUUGUUAUGACUCUUUAUGUAAAUGUUUGGCAAAAUUCAAUGGCUGUAUAGUUGGAUUUUGCUUUUGCAAUAUUUCACAAAACACGAUGCAUUGAUUUAAAGAAAUUUUAUAAAUAAAAAUAUUUUUUGAA